GGCAGCUGUCCAGGUCGGCGCACUAAUAUGGGCGCUGAGGCUUCGCGGCUCCAGCCUGACUGACGCCGGCUAGGGCCGGGGCUGGGGCCGCUGCCACCGCUGCAGCCGCAGAUUUGGUCACCACCUCCAGCGUCAGGGACAGCAGCCACGGGGCGUGCGCAGCCAGGCCAGUUUGCCAGUCCAUUCUAGGGCUCAGGAGAAUGUCAACAUGCUUCCCAACCUGCAUUUGUCACAAUGACUACCAGAAGAAAAGGAAGAUCUAUGACAUCCCCAGAGAGUUACUUGCUGCUCGCUUCCCUUAAGCCCUGCAGGCACUGAAGGGCUGUCUGUCCAGUUCCUGUUUUCACCGGACACCUGCAGUCAACCUCUUAUGCACUCCAGCACCCCCAUCAGCUCUCUCUUCUCCUUCACCAGUCCAGCAGUGAAGAGACUGCUAGGCUGGAAGCAAGGAGAUGAAGAGGAAAAAUGGGCAGAGAAGGCAGUAGACUCUUUAGUGAAGAAGCUAAAGAAGAAGAAAGGAGCCAUGGAUGAGCUGGAGAGGGCUCUCAGCUGUCCAGGGCAGCCCAGCAAAUGUGUUACCAUUCCUCGAUCCUUGGACGGGCGGCUGCAGGUGUCCCACCGCAAGGGUUUGCCUCACGUUAUUUAUUGCCGAGUGUGGCGUUGGCCUGAUCUGCAAUCUCACCAUGAGCUGAAGCCCCUGGAAUGCUGUGAGUUCCCAUUUGGCUCCAAGCAGAAAGAGGUGUGCAUUAACCCCUAUCACUACUACCGUGUGGAGACAUCAGUGCUGCCGCCUGUAUUGGUGCCAAGACACAGCGAAUAUAACCCCCAGCUGAGCCUUCUGGCCAAGUUCCGCAGUGCCUCCCUCCACAGUGAGCCACUCAUGCCGCACAACGCCACCUAUCCUGACUCUUUCCAGCAGCCUCCAUGCUCUGCCUUCCCUCCCUCAUCAGGGCAAGCAUUCUCACAGUCCCCGUGCACAGCCAGCUACCCUCACUCCCCAGGAAGCCCUUCAGAGCCAGAAAGCCCCUAUCAACACUCAGACUUUCGGCCAGUUUGCUAUGAGGAACCCCAGCACUGGUGCUCAGUUGCUUACUAUGAACUGAACAAUCGAAUUGGUGAGACGUUCCAGGCUUCCUCCCGAAGUGUACUUAUAGAUGGAUUCACAGACCCUUCAAAUAACAGGAACAGAUUCUGUCUUGGACUUCUUUCUAAUGUAAACAGAAACUCAACAAUAGAAAAUACCAGGAGACACAUAGGAAAGGGUGUGCAUUUAUAUUAUGUCGGGGGAGAGGUCUAUGCUGAGUGUGUGAGCGACAGCAGCAUCUUUGUCCAGAGCCGGAACUGCAACUAUCAGCACGGUUUCCACCCAGCCACUGUCUGCAAGAUCCCCAGUGGUUGUAGCCUCAAGAUCUUCAGCAACCAGCUCUUUGCUCAGCUGCUUGCUCAGUCAGUGCACCAUGGAUUUGAAGUCGUCUAUGAGUUAACUAAGAUGUGCACUAUCCGGAUGAGUUUUGUUAAGGGUUGGGGAGCUGAGUACCAUCGCCAGGAUGUCACGAGCACCCCUUGCUGGAUUGAGAUUCAUCUUCACGGGCCAUUGCAGUGGUUGGACAAAGUUCUGACUCAAAUGGGCUCUCCACAUAACCCGAUUUCUUCAGUGUCUUAAUAGUUAGGUCUUAAUCCCCAUUUCUAUAGAACAGAUGCUGUUUCAGGCAGUGGCUUAUAUCAUUUCAGAUUUGCAACUAAAGUGUCUAAGUAUAUGUGUAAAUAAAUAUAAUAUAUACUGUUCAUCUAUUUUAUCACCAUUUGUUUUCUGCUUUCUAGUUAAGCUGAUGCCAUUAGAAAAGCAGGUUUUUUUGCACCUAUGAUGUAAGAAGCAGCGGCUUUAUUUGUGGGAGGAAACAAAGAAAGGCAACUCUGUCAAUAGUAUUUAAAGGGUGUUGGCAGAAUAAAAGGCAGCUUUAGUCAGCCAUGUCAAUAUAAGGCAGGUUGUGUGGCCUACCAGAAAAAUACUAAAACUGUUUAUAUAGCAAAAGUCGGGUACUAGCAGCACUAGAGUAAAUAACGCUUUUAGACAAAAUGUAGCAAUCAAACUCAUUUAAUUUAAAUGAUUUCACUUUUAGUACUAUUGGCAAGAAAAAAUAUCAAGUUUAUAUAAUCAAUUAUGUAAGAUAAGACACAUAAACUUUAUUUCUGAAGUUGAAAUACUUAUACCUGGACAAUUGUGCUCAUAUUAAGGGUUCAUUUUAAACAAAUUUAAACUGUGAUUGGAAAAGAAACUGUGAAGCUGAAGUCAUGUUCCCUCAUACUCUACGACUGUAAAAAAGCAAUGAGUCUAAUAUGGCAAGAUAAAUAUGAAAAUAGCAUGAAAUGAGCUAUAUUCCCAAACUGUAAGACCAGAAUUUAGUCCCAGAAUCACCCAAGGAGAUUCCUGCUUUCCACAUAGGAAAUGAGGCUCAUGUUUUGCUGGCUGUUCAUGCAGGCAGUCCUGCAGACUUUUGAGUCUGCACAGGGAGCUCUAAGACCAUGUGUGUAGGUCCUGUAGGAAGAAGAAGCAGGUAAUAACAGGAGGGUUGGACAAAAGCAUCAUAUGUUUACUUACACCUUCUCACAUUCCCACAUUAAAAGUCUCUGGACGACGGCCCUCCUUUUGCCUUAUUUACCUCACUUGUUGGCAAAUAUUAACUAUUUAUAGGUUACUAAAACAAUGGUGAAGAUUUUUGAGAAAAUCAAGACACAUUACUGAGAUCAAUUUAUGAGCUAUUUAACUUAAUGUCUCUAUUGAAUAAAUUAUCUACUGGUCAAAUCUGGUAGGCUCUUAUAAAGCUAAAUUCUCACACCUGGAAAUAACUUCCCAAGUAAAGUGAUAAUAAUUUCAUAAUCUCUACAAUUUCUGGGGAACAGUAGUAUUGAAUAAUAGGACAUUUAAAAAACACACAAUAUUAAAAACCUGUUCUUAUUUACCCUUGGAUAAUAAAGAGGAAAAUCCCCCAAAUUUCUAGGUACUCUUAUAUAUGUAAAUAUAAGUCCCACCCACUAAAAACUACAUUGCUUGAAAAAAUAUAUUACACCCUGUUAAAAAUGUAUAAUUUAAGAAGGCAAUUAUGCUUGUAACAGAUGGUACUUCAGUAAUCCAAGAGGUUUCUUCAUUUAUACAUUCUAUCUCAACUCUUUGUAGCUUAGUGAACACAGUAGUUAUUUCUCAUUAAAUUAUAUUCAAGGUAGAAAUGAUGUGAAAAAGAUGAGUGAGUUACUACUGUCACCUCUUAUGACUAGUGUUAUAGAAUAGAAACUUUCAUAUAUACAGUAGAAAAUAAAUAUUACAUUUUACAUGAAGACUAGGUAACCCAUUUAGUGUAGUUCAUUGUUCAUCAACUAUGUAUUGUGCACCUGUAUGUGCCAGGUACAAUGUUAGGUGCUGUAGAAUCAAAUGUAAACAAGCCCAGCUCUUGGGUUGAGAGUCUAAUAUUAUAUCUGUUUGUGUAGACAUCCUCAUAAUCCAGAACUUGCAAAACAAAACAGAACAUACCAUCUUCCUUAGCUUAAAAAAUGUGUUGGUUUCUUAUUAUCUCUUUUGAAUCAUUUCCUUUCUCUUCUGAUCAUUUAGGUAAUGGAUGAAGGCUUCCUUGGGUAAAUGCUAUUUUUCUUCUGUCUAAAAAAGUAGGUUUUCUCCUCCUGUUCCUUCUAUUUUCUAAUAAUUUUUCAUCUCCCCUUUUCCCUGGAAAGGGCAUUAAUAUGGUUGGUGAAUCUUUCUCAUACGCGUAUCAUUCCAUGA